CUCCAAAUUCCAUGUCCUCUUGGCAGGCUUUGGGGAUACUAACCAGUGCACCAAUGGAUUGAGCUUUCGGGGACCUGAAGUAGCAAAAUAGUGAUGAUCCUCCAUCUCUCUACAAGGCUGCGACUUUGUUCCUGUUGAGCACUUCGUUUUCAUCCUAGACUCAUAUUAAACUUGAUCACAUUCAUACAUGUCUGUACGAACAGACCAAUGGUCGAUUUUGGCUUCCCCAUUGAGGCACAACGAUGUCAUCAGCCUCAUUUGCGAAUUCGAGUCCAAAACUCUUUACUGCCAUCCUACAGCCUGCUCAACAAUCAUGUUCCGCUCUAUCUUCUUCUCCUCACUCGCCUUCGGCAUACUCGCAAAUGCAGCAUCUUGUGACUCCAACACAACAUCUUCAGUUCACCACAAACAACACCUCGCCCUCCCAUUUGAGUCUCGAGGCCAAGCUGGCGUCGUCAGCAUAACCGUUCAGCCAAACGACGACGUCGAACACGCAUUCGGUCUCGACCUUCUCUAUCCCGGCACCGCAAUCCUCCCCAACUUCAUCGGAUUCCCAGUCGUCCACGCCGACAUGACUUAUCCCAUCCCGUCCAGCCCAUAUUCCGGCUACGGCACUCUAUUCGGCUGGAUCCAAUUCAUCCGCCAAGACGACGAUGGAGUGAUUGGGAACUGGACUGUGGAUCACUAUCCAUUUGCCCAGGAUAUAGACACGCCGUUUGGGUAUUGGGGGUAUAAUCCGUCGACGUUUGACGCGCCGGCUAUAUUGUUGGACGAGGGGAAUAAUACGUCGAUUGUGUGGACUGCUCAGGCGUUCUUGACGAUUUUGCCCGAUGCUGGGGGCUCGAAGAAUGUGUCGGUGAUUCCUGGAGGGGCUUUCACUUGGGGGUUUGAUAUUAACGUUGAUGCGAACUCCACCACAGAGAGGGAGAUCGUGAUUAGGAGGGUGGAGCAGCUUGAUGUUUCGGGGUGGUCGGGGAGAGUUGCCUUGUUGAGGGAGCAGUAUCCUGAGUGGACAUUUCAGGAUGUUGAAUAAUUGUGGAGCUAAGCUUUGUAUAAUAAGAGGUGAGGAUGUGGAACCGAUGAUAGUGUUGCUACGAGAUUGCUUUCAUCUAGAGCCUUCAUAAUUGUUAGAAAUAUAUUCGGGAG